UUCAGGCAUCUACACCUUAACAAGAAAGCAACAGACAAGCAGCCAUAUAGCAAGCUUCCAGGCGUGUCUCUUCUCAAGCCAUUAAAAGGUGUUGAUCCAAAUCUCAUCAAUAACUUGGAAACCUUCUUUGAGUUGGAUUAUCCAAAAUAUGAAGUGCUUCUUUGUGUCCAAGAUCAUGAUGAUCCUGCUAUUGACGUGUGCAAAAAGCUCCUUGGCAAAUAUCCCAAUGUUGAUGCAAGACUAUUUAUAGGUGGUAAAAAGGUUGGGAUAAAUCCGAAGAUCAACAAUUUAAUGCCAGCAUAUGAAGUUGCCAAAUAUGACCUCAUAUGGAUUUGUGAUAGUGGCAUUAGAGUAACGCCAGAUACACUGACAGAUAUGGCCAAUCAAAUGACAGAAAAGGUUGGACUUGUCCAUGGUCUUCCCUAUGUAGCAGAUAGACAGGGAUUUGCUGCCACUUUAGAACAGGUGUAUUUUGGCACUUCCCAUCCAAGGACAUAUAUUUCUGCCCAUGUAACUGGUUUCAAAUGUGUAACUGGGAUGUCUUGCUUGAUGAGAAAGGAUGUCCUAGACCAAGCUGGAGGACUUAUAGCCUUUGCACAGUAUAUUGCUGAGGAUUACUUCAUGGCUAAAGCAAUAGCAGACAGAGGCUGGAAAUUUGCAAUGGCCACACAAGUUGCAAUGCAAAACUCUGGUUCCUAUUCAAUUUCCCAAUUUCAAUCCAGAAUGAUCAGGUGGGCCAAGCUACGGAUCAAUAUGCUUCCAGCCACAAUAAUCUGUGAACCAAUUUCAGAGUGCUUUGUUGCAAGCUUAAUUAUUGGAUGGGCAGUUCACCAUGUUUUCAGAUGGGAUAUAAUGGUUUUUUUUAUGUGUCACUGUUUGGCAUGGUUUAUAUUUGACUACAUUCAACUCAGAGGUGUCCAGGGUGGUUCGCUGUGUUUUUCAAAACUUGACUAUGCAGUAGCAUGGUUCAUCAGAGAGUCAAUGACGAUAUACAUUUUCCUCUCGGCUUUGUGGGAUCCUACUAUUAGCUGGAGGACAGGACGCUACAGGUUACGCUGUGGAGGCACCGCAGAAGAGAUCCUUGAUGUAUAGCCACAGCUUUAUGACUGUGUAUUUCAAGAAAAGAAAAAAGGAGAAAAAAGAAAGUAUUAUAAAUUAUGUUUAUAUAAAUGCUUUUAAAAGAUCUACCUUCAAUAGUUUUAUUACUUGUAUGUUUUCGUAUCUCUUUCUUUAAUUUAUUUUGCAUGGCACUUGCAUCUGUGAAAAAAGUACAUCUGUAGUCUUGGCCAAAUGGUACCUUGUUUCCAUGUACAAAACCAAAUCAAGGGAAUUGGUUCCAGGAUUCGUUUUUCUUAGGAAUUUUCUGCAGGACGUUCUAAAGAUGGCAUCUUUCAGCAUAGUUAAAGCUACUCUCUGCUAAUCAAAGGAAUUAAUCAGCGGGACAUAAGAGGUCCAUUGGAAACUAUUGUGCAAGGCACAGCUGUGAAUUUGUCUUCCAUGGCCUUUUGGUCAUUGGAUUGCAUCCUUCAAAGAGCUAACAAUCUUUUUGUACAAGUGCAGUUUGCUUUCGGAAGCACAAGUGGUGAGACAGAAGGGGAGAAGCUUAUUAGUUGAUACAUUGCCUACCUCUUGCAGUUGUUGUGGGACACAUAGAAAUGUGUAGGUAAGGCUUAUGAAAAAAAGCAAAUGCUGUCAGCUUGUCUCUGUAUAUGGAUAUAUAGAUUAAAUGAUUUUGGUCUCUCUGUAAUGAGCCAAAAGCUUGAUGUGGCAGGGUGGGAAGAAUUAAUGGUUAGCUAUGCCUAGAGGGCAACUUUUGGCCAACUCUAAUUGGUUCUGUCUUGAACCAUUUUAAUCACUGUGCUGUAAUUAGCCUAGCUAAUUCCCAUCUUCACUUUUUUUUAAAGGGGGUGAGGAUUUUUUGUUUCUUUGUGAGUGAAUGAUUGAUAAUUAUGGGGUGGGGGGAUGCAUUUCAGAAACAUUUCAUGUCUGAGCUAUUUUCCUAUACACUGUCUUCUUAAGAAUGUAACUUCAUGAUGCAGGUAUUUAAUAUCUUUUUUAAAUGGACAUAGAUCUCUCUUAUACUUUAGUCAUCCUUGAAUAUCAAAUUGCAAUAGAGACUUGUCAAUAUAUUAAAAGGCAAGACGAGUUUGCUCUUACUGAUAUGAAAUUGUAAGCUUUAACUAUAAAACUAGGACUAAUUUUGAUUCCUUCUGUCAUUUAAUCUAGUUUCUAAAUUUGAUUUUUGUAUUCAACUUGUAAUGGCUAAAAAAGACUAGAUUGUAACCAAGUUGUAAAUGCAUGCUGCCUCUUCCCCCUCUUCUCUCUCUCCCCACCCCUCUUUUUCUCUCUCACUUCUUUUCAGCUUGCUCUCCAACCCUGCUGUGGGGUUACUCUUAACAUGGUGAACUGGACUUGUUUAAAACUGACAAUACAGAAAGCAAAACUGGGAGGGGCAUGGCAUAAAGCCUUUUGUUUUCUUUUAUAAAUGUAUUUAUGCUGCUUUUUUUCUUUCAAAUGGGCAUGGCAUGUUGUCACCAUAAAGGUCUGUUGCUAAGUGCAUUGCCAACAUGGGAGCUUUAAAUUCUAGGUUAUGCCUGGUCAGUGCCACAGGCCAGAACUGUAGCAUAUUAGCAAUAACUGAGUGUUUAUAUAGACUUUUCUCCGAUUUACUGAGCCAGUCCAUUUGAUUGUCUGGUGUACACACAUUGAAAUGUAACAGUGUGUGUGUGUUUAUACAUGCACAUGUUUUGUGUGCAGACGAAUACUAUGAAACAUUCCCCAAACCAUAUCCCAAAUUCUCUUUAUUUGCCUUAUGACAUUACAGAAUUUGUUUUGAAGGGCAUCUUCACAAACAGAGGCUUUUAAUGCGUGUUCCAUUUUCUACAUGUGAAUCGGGAAGAAUGCUUCCUGAGGAAGGUUGCACACUACAAACAAGUCUGGUUAUGACCCUGUCAGGCUGUAUUUUUAUUGUCCUCAUUGUUAAUCACUGUUGAUUUUGCGUAUUACAAAGUUUGUAUUUUUAUUUGUUUUGAGAAGUUUGGUUGAUGCCAUCCAUUGCACUGCUAAAAUGAAGCAUAGCUGAUUUGGCUUGGUGAUGAUCACCAUGAGUGCAGUGUAAUACCAAAAACCAAAAAGGCUGAACAGACUUCAAUGUGUGUGUGUGUGAGUGUGUGUGUGUGGUAGCUAUGAAGAACAGAGUUAGAGGGUGUGUGAGUGUAUGUAUGUCCAUUUGUGUGUGUACACAUUUGUGAAACUUGAGUAAUUUGAUUUCUUGUAUAAGAAACUGGGUUGAUUAUGAAACAGAAAAUAAUAUUUUGGAAAAUUGUAGGAGGUCACUGUGACAGCAGAAAGUAAGGGUUCAAAGUGGCUAAUUUAAAACUGUCUGUCAACAUGUUAAGAAUACCAUGUUUAUUUAAAAUUAUUGUCUUGGUUUUGUUUCAAAAUAAAUUUUGAAUACAAUCAAA